ACCCAAAUAUAAAUAUAAAAUAAAAGUGUAUUUUUAACUUUUUAUUAAUGCUAUUUAUGAAUUUUUUUCUCUUGUGUGUUAAUUUGUCAUAAAAAAAACAUGAUUUGGUGAUAUUUAAAGGUAGUCUUGAACGAAUUAUUCGAAUAUGAUAUGUAUUGCCGUGAUUAAGAAGACGUCAUUAGUAAGUUACAAAAAAAAAAGACGUCAUUAGUGAUGUGUUAACAAUAACAUAACUGUAGAUAGUUACGAGAUCACAGAUUCGGACAACUCGGACAAGUUAACAAAAGGAGUAGCAAACUAGAAACCAAAACAAGUGACGUAUGCUAAGACGUCAGAAUCCAUAACCUAGAAUGAUUCCUAGUUUCCAAAUGUUAUAUAUAUAUAGAGACAUGAAGUACUCCUACAACCAUUCAACACAACAAACAAACAUAACUUAUCUACGAGCUUUAGAAUCAUUUUCAUUUUCUUUUCGACCAAAGUCAAAACAUGGGUAGUAAUCCUAAGAGGCUUCAUGUUAUGUUCUUCCCUUUCAUGGCUCAUGGUCACAUGAUACCAACUCUAGACAUGGCUAAGCUUUUCUCAAGCAGAGGAGCUAAAUCCACAAUCCUCACCACACCUCUCAACUCCAAGAUCCUCCAAAAACACAUCGACACAUUCAAGAACCUGAACCCGAGUCUUGAAAUCGAAAUCCAAGUCUUGGACUUCCCUUGCGUGCAGCUCGGGUUACCAGAAGGAUGCGAAAACGCCGACUUCUUGACCUUAAACAACAACGAUGAUAGGCAGGACAUGAUCACUAAGUUCUUUUUGUCGACAAGGUUUUUCAAAGGCCAGCUUGAGAAUCUCCUCGAGACAAUGCGACCAGAUUGUCUUAUCGCCGACAUGUUCUUCCCGUGGGCUACUCAAGCUGCUGAGAAGUUCAAUGUGCCAAGACUUGUGUUCCACGGCUUUGGCUACUUCCCCUUAUGCUUUGCUUACCGCAUCAAACUGCAUAAGCCACAACAGAGAGUUACUUCCAGUUGUGAGCCAUUUGUGAUCGCUCACCUCCCAGGGAGCAUAGUGAUGACUCAAGAACAAAUCAACGACUGCGACGAAGGAACCGAGAUGGGGAAGUUUAUGGUCGAGGUUAAAGAAUCAGAAGUGGAGAGCUCAGGUGUUGUUGUGAACAGCUUUUACGAGCUUGAACCUGAUUAUGCUGACUAUUACAAGAGUGUUGUAGCUAAUAGAGCGUGGCAUAUCGGUCCGCUCUCUGAUGUAAACAGAGAAUUUGGGGAGAAGGCUGAGAGAGGGAAGAAAGCGAGUGUUGUAGCCCUAUGCACCAUUAGGAAUAGCCAAAGAAAUCGUAUUUUUGACAUUACUAGACAUGUCUCAUAAAAAUCAAAGUUGUAACUUGUAAUAGUAUUUAGACAUAAUAAAAAAACUUCUGUUUGGACCACUCAACAUGUAAUAUCCAAACGCGUAAUAAAAUUCUUUUACCCAUUUACAUCUUAGGGUUGAAAGUUCAUUGGUCGUAUAUGUUCCGUUGUCCUCUACAUACCGGUCUUGUGUAACGGGUCUCGUUGAUUACUAUUUUUUCCAAAUAUGGUCGACUAGAAACUUUAAUAGUUAAGGAAAAUUGGCCUGAAUAACCAUAACAUAAAGCAUAAUUAGGUAUCUAACUAAAAAAAUAAAUAAUUUCUACUAUUAUUACCAUAUAUACUAUAUUACCCUUACUUUCGGUUAAUAAGUGUAUAAACUUCUUCUUUUUCAGUUACCUACCACCAUCACUACUUCUUCCAAUUCACCGUUACUUUCAAUAGUUUGGACUUGGACUUGGUUUGGUCCUUCGGUCCUUCUCUUUCCCAAUGUAAAAAACUCAGUUUCAUUUGCGCCUUCCUCUUGCUUUUAAAGUUUGGCAAGAGCUGCAAGAAGUUAUUCAGCAAAAGCAGUAACAGAGGAUACGAAGAAACAAGCUAAGCAAUCGCAAGACACACAAGAACCAGCAGAAGUAGGAAAGCAGAAGCACUCAACAAGGUGUAGGUGGUUCCCAUGUUUUCCUCCAUGUCCUUGUUCUUCAUGUUCUUGAAUUUGUUUUCAUGGUCUUAGGAUUAGUUGAUCCUUUUAACCUGUGAGUUAACUACUUGAAA